GUGUCAAUCAGCUGGGAUCAGGGACAGGGGCCUAUCUCACUCCCUGGCCCAGCAGCAACGGCAGGGCUGGGGAGGGGUCAGCAAAUAAUGAAGAAGGCGCUGGUGGAUCAUUUGGGUUUUUGGUUUGUUUGUUUUUUUUAAGAAUUCCCAUCCAAGUCCUAAAUAAACCUAAAAGCCUCAAAGUGUCACACCAUUUAGGUCAGAAACAGCGGUUGAGUUACAACAGCGACAAGAGGAAGACCACUGGAAGUGUGGAGGGGAGGUAAAUAGUUUCGCGGCUAGGAAAGACGCUGUAAGAGCAGUGCGGCUCCGUGGCUCCGCCCCCUCGAACACGACACAUUCCACGCGCCCGGACGGAAAGGAUUCUCGUCCCCGCGCGUUCUAAGGAGUCGUUUCCGUUGGUCGCGCCUGCGCGUUUGAGGCCGGGAACGAGAGCCGUCGGCGGAGGCGGAGGGAAGCGACGCACGCUCCCUGCGACGCCAUUUGCUAGUUCCAGAGCGUGGGACGGGAGAGGUCGCGCGAGAGAGACUCGCAUACAUACUGAGUAACUAGGGAUAUUCUGCGCACGCGACAUCUCCCCUGUCCGGCCCCCCGCAUUUUCACCUCACCACAUACUCCGUACCUUCCGGAGUUUCCAACUCGCGACCUAGCGCUCGCUCUUUCUACCCCCUACGAAAGGGGUUUUCUUCUACCUCGCCCAGACAGGCGAAGCCCGCCCGCGCGUCCUUCGGAAGAGCCACCGCCCGAGAGGGAGACGGAGACCCCGCAGAGGCCGCCGCAGCCAUGCCCAAGAAUAAAGGUAAGGGAGGUAAAAAUCGGCGCAGAGGAAAGAACGAAAAUGAAUCUGAAAAAAGAGAGUUGGUCUUCAAGGAAGACGGACAGGAAUAUGCCCAGGUGAUCAAAAUGUUGGGAAAUGGACGAUUAGAAGCAAUGUGUUUUGAUGGUGUGAAGAGGUUAUGUCACAUCAGAGGGAAAUUAAGAAAAAAGGUUUGGAUAAAUACAUCGGACAUUAUAUUGGUUGGUCUCCGAGACUACCAGGAUAACAAAGCCGAUGUUAUACUAAAAUACAAUGCAGAUGAAGCAAGAAGUUUAAAGGCAUAUGGGGAACUUCCAGAGCAUGCCAAAAUCAAUGAAACAGACACAUUUGGUCCAGGAGAUGAUGAUGAAAUCCAGUUUGAUGAUAUCGGGGAUGAUGAUGAAGACAUUGAUGAUAUCUAAAUCGAACUCAACAUUUACAUUCCGAUUUUUCUGAGGAUUGUUCAACUUUGAUAAUUUCAUUUGGAUUUUUGGCCAAGUCCCAUCCUGUUAAGAAGAAUGAAAGUUCAUUAGCAUGAGUGCAGCUUGUUAAACCAGACUGAUUUAUUUUCGAUGUUUGUUUUAAAAUAUUUAUAUUUCUUUAAAAACUGAUAAUGCUGAAUUACCUUAAGCGAAAUGUUAAGCCCAUUUUGUCUCUUUGGUGAAUUAGAUCUUCAAUGUUUGGGUAAAGAACCAUAACACACAUCCAUUUGGUUUUUCCGUUUGGGGGGGAUUUCUUUUCCUUUUUUUUUUUUUCUUUUUCUUUUUUUUUUUUUUUUCUUUUUUUUUUUUUUUUUUGGUUGUUUUUUUUUUAAAUGCAUUACUGCCUUUCCUGUUUUGACCACCUCACUUCCAGUAAAUUGAUGUUUUGAAUAAAUUGUUUGCCCUAUGAUUAUCAUGGAUUAUAAUUAAAUCCCUAGUUUGAAUUUGUCUUUUCACUGUACAGAGUGUUUCUGUAUGUUCCAGUUGCCUAUAACUUCGAGUUUUUGAUAAAAUUUAAGGGAGGCAGAAAUCUGCAUUUAAAGUCAUAAUGCAUGUGUCUUUUUUCAUAUUUUAAUAGCUUAUGGCUAUUUUUAUACUGAUUUUGAUAUUACACACAUUUUCUCAGUAAUCUCAUCUGUUGCCACCAUAAAAAAAAAAGUCAAAUCUAAAAAGAGCAUUUCAAAAAUGCAGGUGUUUUAAAAAACUAUUUUGAAUUUGUAAGAUUAGUAGUUGCAGAAAUUGAACACUGGGUGGCACCCAAUUACCUUAAAACAUCAGAUAUAGUUAUAUAUUAUUUGCAGAAUUUUUUUGUAUUUAACAGCCAAGAAAGUUUCCCAAACAAUAAAAAUAAAUGAAUAAUUAUCUUUUGAAGGUAAACAUGUAGAAUGUUUUUAGUUCAAAGGGUUAUGUCUUAAUUGUCAUUUUAUCUUAACCUUCAAAAGUUAUGUACCUUGCAAGAUAAAAUUUUGGAUAGUUUAUGUACAUUUAAAUUACGGUGUAUAAAUGAAAAUUUGAUGUCAACGUCUGAAAAUUAAGUUUUUGUCCAAAAUUAACCUGAAGGGGUGGAAAAAAACAAUGGGAAAGAUAGUCUCCAGUUUCUGAAUGGAAAAACUACCCCUAAAGAAGUCUAAUAAAGACUAAAUUAUUAUAUGGAGAUUAACAUAUUUUAGCCUUACUUUGUGUUUUAGGAUGUGUUUUGUUACAUACAUAUUUUUGUACCUUACUGGAUUUUAUUUUAUUUUUUGGUCUGCACCUGUGAUUCAAUUGGUGUAUGAAACUUCCUCUACCAUUACAGAUGGGCAGCUGUUACAUAGUUUACAAUCUUGGAAAAUUGUCUGGGACACUAAGAAGUUAAGUGACUUGACCUGUUAGAGGCAGAAUUUGAACUCAAGUCUACCUAAUAUCAAGACUGGCACUCUACUAUAUCACUCUGCCUCUAGCUUAACUUUGUUUUAUUUGAUCUUUAUUUCCCUCCAACAUGAUUUUUUAAGAUUUUUAAUAAUGAUAAAAAAAUCAUUUGUGCAGUAUUUUAUGAUUUACAAAGUGCUUUCCUCACUACAAUUCUGGGAGGUAAGUAGUGCAGCUAUUAUCCCUACUUUGUAGAUGAGCUAUCUAAGGCUCAAGAGUUUGCAAUUUUUCCAUGGUCAUAAAGUUAAGUGUUAGAGCCAGGAUUUGAACUUGGGUCUCUAGUCUACAUCCAGUGUUCUUUCCACACCAUGCUGCCUCUCAACUAAUAGUUAUGAAGUCAUGUAAAGGGCUGGACUAUAUAAGGAUACAAUAAGCCACAUUCUUAUCCUAUGCAAUACUGAGGAAGAAAAUCAAACUUAUAGUUUGGGCCCAUGUGAAUCUUACAAAUGAGGAAAAAUACAAUGAAAUAGAGGGAAAGCUUUAUCCUUUAAAAAAAAAUUUGUCCUUUGCUAAUAUGAAACCUUGGUAUAAUAUGUGAGGCAAAGAGUAAAACCUUUGGAUCUAGGGAAGGGAGAGCGUAGAAACAACACAGUUUUUCUUUAACAUAUAUCUAAGUAUCACUAGUUAAUAGGUAAGUGACCCAAGACAGGUAAUUGAUUGGACAUAUGGAAAAGGGACUUUUCAUUUUCCUUACUAAUACUCUAAUACUUGUAGGAAAUGGUGCUAAAGGCUUUUUUUGUAUUGAUCAUUUAUUUACUUGUGUGAUAAGGAUUCCCUCAAGGUAGCCAUACUGCCUAUAGAGAGUUUUAUCCAAAUCACUUAGAUGAGUUGCUAGAAGGCAUAACGUUAAUGCCUUACUAACAGUAUAUAGAUAGAUAAAUACAAAUAGAUAUCCUCCUGAUAGGGAAGUAUAAAUAUUAGAUUUGUUUAUUAUGGUCCAAAUUAAAUAUUUACCUUAGAACUCCAGAUAGCACCUUUAUGUAAAUGACAUGAUGCCUAUGAAAUUACAUCAGGUAUUUUUAAAUUCUCCGCAUUCUACAUUUCACACAUCAGUGCAUUUUCUGCAAGUUCCUAUAAGGAAGACUUAUUCUACCAAAAAAAAAAAAAAAAAAGUCUUAAUAGACUCUAAGUAAGACUUAGGAAUUUUCCUAUGGCUAAUUAACCCAUGCAUAACAAAUAUCUAAAACUAUUUGCUAUGCCUAGACUAAUGUCUAACCAUGGACAGUUUUAAUGCUGUCAAUGCAACAAUAAGAUAGGUCUGGUUUUAGGGUUGAAUCUUAUUUGAUCUAAGAUUGAAAUGUGACUAGGGUUUAAGGUUUGGUUGAUAAGCAACUCAUGUUAGAAAACUGGUUGUGGGAUUUUCAUAAUGGUUUUUUUUUUUUCUGAUUAACUUUUUUUAUAAGAAAUGGGAGUGUUCAAAAGAAUUCACUAUCACAUUCUUUGAUUCUUGCAACAAUAUUUACAUGAUACGGUAUGCACAGAAAAAAUUUUAAAAUCUAGAACAUUUUGGUAGUGUAUAUGGUGCUGAUGAAUUUGAGAAAUGGUCAGAUUGUCUUUGUUAUUGAUAAUGCAUUUGGUUAGAGUGCAUCUUUCAAUGCACUUUUUUGCACUAUUGAUCUUUCUCCUUCACCUCCCAUUAAGAGUGUAGAUAUACUAUAUCACUUAAGUGACUGGAUGGCCAAAUUAAUAUGUAAAGACUGUGCCAACAUUUAAUACCUUAAUUGUUAAAUGCUGUGAGAUCUUAAUGAUUUUCUGAAGAGAUCUACUCAUUUAUGGAAUCUGUAAACACUGCAUGUUUAGAAAUACUUGUACUUUAGUCAUGAAUUGCCUUUGAUUCACCCUACCACUAUGUCUCUGACAUUGUGGUGAUAAAUAUACUUGCUUUUAAAAUAAUUGUGAUUGGUAGUUUAACUUAAUUACUGUAUUACACAAAAAUAUUACAUUAUAUGAUGUUGAGUAACAUCAAUAAGAAUAAGUUAGAGGUGCUGACUUAACAGCAAUCCUAUUAGGGUAGUAAUCACAGACUUUUGAAUAAAACGCCUAGUUUGUGUUUUUAAGUAGAUAAUGUAUUGAUUGAUUAGUUCUUUUUUAUGGCAGUAAGAAGCUUAUUUAAAUAGCAUCUAAUUUUGAAAAUGAAAUACUUAUUUUCUAGGAUUUUAUUUUAUGUGAAAUGAAUUACUCAGAAAGGUUGUAUUAAUCCAUGUAGUCUUUAAAGAGCCUUCCUGAUUAGUGUAUUAUGAUAUACUAUAGUGAAAGCCAUUAAAUUCAUAUAGUAGUUUUUAGCCUCGAUAGUGAUUAUAGACUGAAAUUUGAAUCUUAAGUUUUAUAUGUUUCUUAAAUUAUAUGUGAUUGCCAUAGAGAUUGAAAGAAACCUUUAGUAUUGCAAAAAAAAAAAAAAAUAAACUGUUUAUCUUUAACCUAGUUAGUAAAAGGUAAGUUAAUGUCUAUUCUGGUUGGACUUCCUUAAAUUUUGAAUUUUUAAAAUUACUGUCUUAUUCAUUUAAGUUACUUGAAGAAAUAUCCAUUUGUAUAUCAAAAAUUAACGCAUAAGGAUUUAGUUUGUAAUUGAAAAAUCAAAGUUUCACAAGUAAAAAGUAAGAGAUUGGGUCUCCUUAUCAAUACAAAAUUGCCCUUAUUUCACCUAAUUUUUUAUUUAAAAACAUGGCGUUUUAAUUAGGUUCACACUUAAAUGUGAACAUAGGAAAAUUUAAAUGGCAUUUUAAGUUAAGUCAACCAACAGUCAAUUUAUAUGUUACCUCAUGCAAUUUUAACAGUUGGGAGAGAUUUGGUGGAUCCACCCGCACACCCUUAUUUUAUUGUUGAGGAACUGUGACUUUCUCCAAAUCAUAUAAGUCCAUUAAGCCUUCUCUCAACUCUCAUUUCCUCCCACUAUUAAAAGGGCAUUCUUCAGAGCUUUUUUUUUGUGUUUUUCUUCAUUAUAUAUAAAUCCAGUUGAUCACCAUUGCAUAGAUAUCUUCUAAUCCGAGACUGACUCCCAUAACUACCAAUAUUCCCUCUCCCCCAUAAUUUGCUUUACUAUAUGACGACUAGGUUGGGAUUUUUUUUUUUUAACAGAGCUUUAUUCUGACCUCAGACAUCUUCCAAAAUGAAUUUGCCCCCAUAAGAAGUAGACUUUGAAAAGAUUAUAUGUAAAAUUGUAGCUAUUAAGUAUUCUUAUGGUUAAAUAUUCAGUAUGUUUCAAAUUUGUUGUGCUUAUCUCUAUUUCUUUAUGAAUUUUUUGUUCUGUGAAUUUUAAAAAAUACCUGUAACCAGACAUUUAGGCUUGAAUCUCCACAUAAAAAACUCAUCACUCGUCCUUUGAAUUCUUAGAAAAUGCUCCUUUAAAAAGUUGUACAGAAGAUUUUGCAAGGGUCAAUGCUGAAAAAUUACCUAUGCAUAUAUUUUGUAAAUAAAUAAAGAAAAUGCCCCUUUAUUUACCAAAGCUUUAACCAUAUCACUUAGCCCAUUUCCUCCUGGCUCUUAUCAAGAAGUUGAUUUAGUCGUUUUUGACUUCCCUUUAAACUAAAAUCUUUGCCACUUGUCUUCAACCUCUCCCUCCUAAAGAGAGACUAAAGUAACAGUUUAUCCAUGCUUAUAAAAACAGUCAAGUCUCCUCUAUCCAAAACAAAAAAAGUAGAAGAGCCUUCUCUUGAUCUGGUCGUUCCUUCAGGCUAUUAUCCUGUAUCUGUGAAGCUGAAAGUCUGUACUCCAAAUGUUUAUGUUCAUGUAUCACUCAUCUUUAAUCCUAUGCAGCUUAAUUUUUGUGCCCCAUCACUUUGACUACAUUCUAAAAUCUGGCAGCUUCUUAGCCCCUGAUCUAUUUUUACAGUGUUGGACACUUAACUACCUCUUCCAUAACCUCACUUUUGGCCUAGAGGUACUGACAGGUACUAACUUUUUUUUUAAUUAAAUUUUGAUCUCUGGAUUUCUGACCUCUCAACCAUCUCUUUUCCCUUACUUAGAAAGCAAGGGGGGAAAAAACCAUUACACACAUGUGGUCAAGCAAAACAUUACCUACAAAAAAACGUGUAUGUGUAUAUGUAGAUAUUCACAUCUCACUGCACUUGAAUUCAUCUCUCUGAAGGUGAAUAGCAUGUUUCAUGAGUCCUGAUCAUUGUAUUAUUCAAAGUUCCUCAAUCUUUCAAAGUUGUCUAAAUUACACUGUUAUUUUUUAUAAGUUCUGGUUCUUUUAACCUCACUUUGCUUCAGAAGGUCAUGUGAGUUUUCCCAGGUUUGUUUGAAACUUCUUUUCAACAUUUCUUAGAAGAAUAAUCUUAUCACAGAAGCAAAUGGGUUACUCAGAGUCAAGAAGACUUGAAUUAAAAUUUGUAAAUGGAUCAUUUUCCUUUUUUUUUUUAAUAAUCUUUUCUUAAGUGUAGUCAUAGGAACAGUAUCUUUAAAGAAUACAGAGUUUUAAUAGGUUUGGGAGCCUACCACCAAAAUGCUUUCCAGAAUAGCUAGACCAGAUCACUUAUGCCAACAGUGUAUUUUCAUUUCUCACAGCAUCUCCAACAUUUGUUUUUUGUUUUUUUGGCAAUUUUAUUAAUUUGAUGAGUGGGAUGUGUAGUAGUACCUCGAAGUUUUAAUUUUUGUUUCUAAUAGAGCAUUUUUCAUAUGGCUAUUGACAACUUUUUUCCUUCUGAAAAUUACCUGUUUUAUAUCUUUUGACAUAAAAAUCUGGUGGAUUCAGGAAGACCUGGUUCAAAUAUGGUCUCAGAUACCUGCUGUCUGCCAGUUUAGUAUCUACCUCCCAGGGUUGUGGUGUGAGGAAUGAGAUGACUGGAAAGCAAGCAGUACAGAAUCUGGCAUAUAGAUGCUUUAAUAAACUGACACCACCUUCUUGAUGUUCUAGUGAAAGGCUUUGUUACCUUUUAUCAGUAAAGUUUUUACUAUGACUCAUCUCCAUUCUUCCUAAUCUAUUUUAUAUACAUCUCUGCCUCAUUCCCCCAACACACCCAAUAUUCCUGUCUAGUCAUUUCAAAAAGCUCAGGUAAAGUAAAAACUCUGGGUAAUUUAAAGCCUUCAACAAUUGAGAUAACUUUCCAACCCAUAUACUACUACUUUACACUGUUUAUGUGUUACACAUUAUAUUUACAUAUACAAAACAUUUUUCCAUCCACUUAGUAGGUCAUUUCUCUGUAGAAAUCUGUUGAAAAUUUAAUUCCUUCUCAAAACAACCCUUACCCACUUCCAGCUGAGAGUUCUCUCAAGUUUCCUUAGAGCAUUUUGUUCUAUUUUACUUAAUCACAUUUUAUCCCAUCCCUUGUAUCUGUACAAUUUUUAAGUUCCUUGAAGAUUGUCAUCCCAUCCCCAUUUUUCAGCUUUUUGCUCUUCUAGACAACAAACUCAUUUGGAUUGAAUUACUUUUAACUAGAGCUACCUAUAUAGAGUCUUAAUCCUCUUCAUGGCAGAUUAGCACCCUGAAAACAAAUACUGGGUAAUUUUUCAACAUUGACCCUUGAAAAACUUUCAAAUUUUCCAAAUGUUCCAAAUUUUCUCCUUCCCCCCACAUCCAUGUUAAGUAUGUUAAAUCCAAUAACAUAUACAUUUACAGUUAUUUUGUUGCACAAGAAAAAUCAAAUCAAGAAGGGAGGAAAAAAAACCUGAGAAAGAAAACAAUGCAAAGUUGAGAAUGCCAUGUUGUGAUCCUCUCUCUGAGUGUAAAUGGGGCUCUCCACCACUGAACAAUUGGAACUGGUUUGAAUCAUCUCAUUGUUUUGAAGGAAGCCACAUCCUUUAGAAUUGAUCAAGAAAUGCUUUCAUUUUUGUGCUCACUUCCAAAUAUAAAAUGUAGGGUUGACUGAAAUAUCAAACUAGCUUAUGUUGUGCAUAAAUUUCAACUAAUUUAUUUUAAUAUUCUAAGGAAAACAUCUUUUGAUCAAACUUAAUUAUAUAUCAGCCUCUUAAAUUUAGGAUUUUCUAAUUUGUUGCCAAAUAGUUAAAAUAUCUCCCAAAGUGUUUUAAGAUCUUUAUCUGUUGGAAUGACUUUUUUAAUUCAUGCCAAACCUACCAGACUAUACAUUUCUGUUAAAUUUUGCAAAGGUCUUCCUACAAAAAUAUAAUGAUCUUUUUGAAAGUGGUAAUUUAAGGAAUAUAAUGGUUCUGCUAAAACACUAAAAAGAGACCUCCCUCUCUUAAAAAAAUAAAUGAAUGAGAAGGGAAAUACUAUCUAAGGCAGAGGUUUCUCAGCCUUGUUUGUAUUCUGGAUUCCCUUCUCAGAAGAAUUAGGUCGUAACAGGCAAUUAAAUUAAAAUUCAUUAUGUUUCCCCCAUCCCCAAAUCCUUGAGGGCAGGACUUCUCUCUUUUUUUUUUUUUUUUAAUUUCUGCAUCCUUAUGGGCUUAGUACAAUUAUAUUGAGCAAUAAUAGAGUAGUAUUGAGUGUGUAGGCACUAUUAGUGAUUUAAGCUAAGAAUUUGAUGUGAAUUGUAUUGUUGCUUUCCUUUUCAGGAACUUAAUGGAAGUUUUUUCCUCCUGGUUUCUGGAGAAGAUCUAAAAGAACUGGGCCACUAUAAAUAAACCUCAGAUAAUAUGUCAACAUAACCAAAAACAUGAGUAAAUCAUAUAUAUCUAUAGUUUUAACUCUUGUAAUGGCAAAAAUUCACAUAUUCCAUUUGCAAAUUUGCUUAAUGUGAAAGAAGCAUGUAAUAACUAAACACUAGGUAUUUUCAAAUGAAGCACUAAACAAGGUAUUUGUGGGGGGAGACGGGAGGUGGGGGAGGAGAGACUGGAAGAGCAGGGAAUAUUUUGAGUAAUACAGUAUACAAAGGUACCUUAGUGAUAAGCCCCCUUUUAUAUAUAUAUAUAUAUAUAUAUAUAUAUAUGAGGAAACGAAGGUCUCAAGAUUUAAGGUUACCAACAGUCACUUCAGUAGGGACAGAAUCAGGAGUAGAACUCAUUUCUUCUAUUAGAGCAAAUGCAUUAAUCACCUACUAUGUGCCAGGUGUUCAAAUAAUAAAUGUAUAUACUUUUGGAAGACUUGAGUUCCAAUCAUAGCAUCAGAAUAGGUAUUGUAAACUAUUAAGAGAAAAUAAUCUAUUAGUAUGUGAGCUAUUGGGAAACUUCUUUUUGAUCCAGACAAAUUACUGCAAAUACGUCAGCAACUCUAACAAAGAAUAGCCUAAAGGCACUAAGGUCAGGUGAUUGAGAUGGCCACAGCUGGAGUGUAUCUGAGGCAGAACUUGAACCCAGGUCUUCCUGAUUCAGAUUACCUAUUUAUCCAUUAUUACUGUUACUGAGUUUAUAUAGUCCUUUUUAUUUUUGAAGCUCAGUGUAUGUUUGAAUAUUGUUUAGAGUUAGAAAGGGGAAAAUUGUAAAUUCAAAUUCAGCAAAUAACAACUAAUAUGUAUAAAAUAAGGUUUACGAGGUGCUGGGGCAAAAACGGGUAUGAAACUUAAAUCUAGUUGGGAAAAAAAAUUGUAUAUCCUACUAUAAUAUAGAAUAUAUAGAACAUAAAUUCAACAUGAGAGCUGCAAAGAAUUGGAGAUUGCUUAAUGCAAGUAUCUGCAUAUACUACAAUUGAUAUCUUCAUAUAUAUUUGAGUAGAGGAAAUAUAAUAGUUUAUUCUGGACUUUGCCUUAUCCCUAAUUUAGGGACUAAUAGCUAAUAGAGAAGCUGGUACAUAAAGAAUUAGCUAAAAGAUUUUGGAAUAGGCUGUUCUGUCCAUUUUUUCCUCAAAAAUACCAAAUCCAAAUUGUCUAUUAAGAUUGUAAAUUCUGACAGCAGAACUGUUUUGCAUCUGUGUAUUCUCAAUACCUUUCACAGUGCCUGUGGCCCGUGGUAGCUGCUUAAUAAAGGUUGAUUAAAUUAAA